AUGCAGUCAGGCGAAGGCAGUGCUAUCGGCGAAAUGGCACAGCGCCGCAACAGGCGUUCAGGAAAGCCCCAUCGUCGGUCGCCAUGGGCCUGUGAUGAAUGUCGAUUGAGAAAAAGAAAAUGUAAUGGCAUGCAGCCUUGUCAGCCUUCAAUUAACGUUGAUACAGAUUGUGCCUACCAGUUCCGCCGCCCGGCUCCUCCGCCAACUGCGAGGAUACGGAUGCUGGAGCAACAUCUUCGCCAGGCAUAUCUGCUACUCCAAGAUCAUGCCAGAUAUCUACAACUGACUGAUCGGUUGACGCUCAAGCCUGUGCUGGACAUCAUGAACUUCGGGGCUGAGCCCGGAAUGCCACUCGCCUCCCUGGCCGGACAUGAGAAUCCCAGCCGUAUCUCUGAGAUGAACAGUAUGCUGGCAGGAUGUCGCCGCCUCAUCUCGUCGCCGCCGUGGAACACCUACCUUUACGGACCUCUCUCAGAGACAGCUUUCAUCCUGCGCGUACUGGAAAUCUUCAAUCUAAACAGAUCGGACGUCCGCGAGGCUUUGGUGCCCACACUAGGGAUCUUCGACCUGCCUUUGUCAGUCGCCAGGAAUGGAGAUGGCUUGAUACCUCCCAUGCCGUCCUUAUGGGGACCCAACGAGCUUCCAAACCGAGAAGACACGCAACAAUUGAUAACGACGCUCUUGGGUGGCAGUCACCCGCUUAUGUCUUUUCUUCAUGCGCAGUACUUCCCAGAGACGGUCAACCUACUCUACGAGUCGCCUAACAAUGCUGCCUGUACGCGAUUUUUGCCGCUCUUUCAUCAAUCACUUGCAGUAGCUCAUAUUUUCGAUAACAAAAGACAUCGACAGCGUGGCUGCCACGUCGGCUUAGAUACUGCUAUGUAUCAUUUCAACGUAGGGCAGAAGUUGUUGGACGUCACGCAAUCAGACAAUCUCAUCACUGUACAGGCCUUGCUCUGCGGUGCCAUAUUCCUCAUGUCAACCUCUAGGAUAGCGCGCGCUCACGCAUUCCUGAGCCUAGCAUCCUCUGGGGCCAUUCGCCUGGGCCUGCAUUGCGAUGUCACUGCCAAGCCCAAUAUGACACACAGGAGCGGUCAAUGCGCAUAUUGGUCUUCACCACGCUAG